AUGGAUACUUAUCAUAACUCCUAUUCACAACAACAAUACUCGCCUCCACCAAUACAACAGCAGUACCCGCCCCCGCCUCAACAAUAUGCAUCCCCACCGCAAGAUUAUACAACAAUGCAACCACCGCAAUAUUAUGCCACACCUACUGCACAGCCACCCAUUGCUGCAGGAUAUAACACUAAUGCAGGUUACUCAGAGUUAGGCGAACACCCCAUCAAUGCAAACGAUAAAAUCAGACCUUCCAGUGGGUUUAAAGAUAUCUGGGCGACUAUUUUAUGGAUCUGUAACAUGGUCGCCUUUAUAGCUUUAUCCGUUGUUGGCUUACGUAGCUUUUCAUUGAAUAAAGGAUCGUAUGGGGGUAUGCCAGCUCAGCAUGGAGGCAUUACACUUGAUUCCGAUACAGUAAAAAUCUUUGGCUAUUCAGCAAUUAUCGCGUUCGGAUUCAGUUUCUUGUAUUUAAUACUUGCCAACAUAUUUCCUGGUCCUUUGAUUACAAUUACUUUUAUUGGCAGCAUAAUUGUGUACCUUGGUGUCACCAUAUACUAUUUUUAUAUGCAUUAUUAUUCAGCCGCAAUCAUAUUUUUGAUUUUUACCCUACUAUAUGCAUUCUGCUUUUGGUCAUGGAGAGAUAGAAUUCCAUUUGCCACAGUUAUGUUGAGGACAAUCACAUCAAUUACAAGAAAGUAUUGGAGUACUAUAGUAACAGGCAUUGUAUCACUCGUUGUUCAGACUGUGUAUUCGAUUUGGUUCAUGAUCACUGUCGUAGGAAUAUAUCAGGUUUAUUACAACAACACAGGCAGUAAUUCCAAAUUGAACGCAGCAAUGGUGUUUUUAAUAUUUUCAUUCUAUUGGACAACUCAAGUUAUUUCUUAUGUAACUCAUGUUACGCUAUCCGGUGUAUUUGCUACUGUUUACUUCUUGAACAAUCAGAUUGCUCAUCCUAUUUGGGGCAGUGCAAAGCGAGCUUUAACAACCAGCUUCGGGUCGAUUUGUUUUGGUGGCCUCCUAAUCGCAUUGAUCAACACACUCCGUUAUUUCAUACAAGUUGCAAGAUCAAAUACAGACAAUGAAGUCUUUGCUUUUAUGCUAUGUAUUCUAGACUGCAUUAUUGGUUGCUACCAAGGUUUAUUUGAAUGGUUUAAUCAAUACGCGUUUAGUGGUGUUGCAAUUUACGGUCAAGCAUUUAUUCCUUCAGCUAAGCGUACAUGGGCUUUAAUUCAAGAUAGAGGUGUUGAAGCUUUAAUCAACGACAAUUUAAUUGGUAAUGUGCUGGCUAUGGGCACUUUACUUGUCGGUGUUUUAUCGUCACUACUUGGCUAUCUGUAUCUACUCAUUGCCAAACCAGCCUACAACGCAACGGGAAAUAUGACACCUAUUGUUAUGUUAAUCUGCUUUGUGAUGGGUAUGUCUAUGUUUUCAGUCAUUACUACUGUCAUCUCAAGCGGCGUUACGACUACUUUUGUCUGUCUGGCUGAAGAUCCAGAUGCCUUAAGAAGAGUUAACCCGCAACUGUUUGAAACAAUCCGUCAAACGUGGCCUCAGGUUGUACAAGGGAUUUAG